GAUUUGCAAAGCCGCUUCGGAGCAAAGCAAGUUCUAUCAUGACUAUGUCUUUUCUAUCUACUUUGUCUGCCGUUCUGCUCCUUCUCCAUUUUCUCUUUUUUCCUGCUUCGUCUCAGUCUGACUGCUCUCUACCUUCCCAGUCAAAUAUAACUCAUUUUAUCACAGAAUUCCUUAUUCACAAUAAUGGAAGUGUGGAAUAUUCUCCUACAAUCAUUGGUUCUGUGCAUUAUGUAUGCCAAGCUCAAGGCAGCAGUAGAGGUACCUACAGAUCUCUCUCCAUCAUUGCUACCUACACUCCUAAUCCUGGGCAGUCUCAGACAAGAGGCAUAUUCCAGUUAAUGUGUAGCUCUGAAUCAUGGGAACCUGAUCUUGAUGGAGGAAUUCCUGUACCAGUGUCUGGGCUCAUUGAUAUACCCACUCGCACUGACUGUCUGCUCUGCAAUCAUAGCUUUGGUAGUGAUAGGUGUCAUGCCUGUGACAGUAGUUGCAAUACUGGUCUCAGAAGAUGUGUUGGCUCACAGACCAAUUGCUGUUCUUAUUUCUCUUCAUCUGAUCAGUGUACCACACAAUGCCCCACUAACUUUAAUGCAUCUGCUUCUAAUGGCUUCAUUUGUACAUGUAUUACUGGAUCAAUCCGUCUUACUGGUGGUUCACAUGAUUGGGAAGGAAGAGUGGAAGUGUGUAAUAAUGGAUCAUGGGGCACUGUCUGUGAUAAUAACUGGGACUCCACUGAUGCAGCAGUAGUGUGUAGACAACUAGGCUGGGGAACAAGUGGAACUGCUAGAACAAAUGCCUACUUUGGUCAGGGUACUGGUAGUAUCCUCCUGGAUAAUGUUCAGUGCACAGGAACUGAACUGUUUCUAGCAAACUGUGCAUUUACCUCAAAUCACAACUGUAGACAUUCAGAGGAUGCUGGAGUGAGUUGUUCGAUACCUCUACCCAUCAUGCACUCACCAGGUUGUAUUGAUAGAUCCAUUCGUCUUGUUGGUGGUACAAACAGCAUGGAGGGACGUGUUGAGGUAUGCAGUGGUGGAGUGUGGGGUACAGUCUGUGAUGACUCCUGGGACAACACUGAUGCUAGUGUUGUAUGUAGACAGCUAGGAUAUGGUCCAGGAACUGCCUUUGGCAGUGCCUACUUUGGACAAGGAACUGGAACAAUUGUGAUGGAUGAUGUUCAUUGUACUGGGACUGAGUCUUACCUUACUAAUUGUAUACACAUCACAAAUCACAACUGUGGCCAUUCUGAAGAUGCAGGAGUCAGAUGUGGUUCAUGUAUUACUGGAUCAAUUCGUCUUGUCAAUGGUUUACAUGAUUGGGAAGGAAGAGUGGAAGUGUGUGUUCAAGGAUUAUGGGGCACAGUCUGUGAUGAUUCUUGGGGUUCCCCUGAUGCAGCAGUAGUGUGUAAACAACUAGGCUGGGGAACAAGUGGAACUGCUCUAUCAAAUGCCUACUUUGGUCAGGGUACUGGUAGUAUCCUACUGGAUAAUGUUGAGUGCACAGGAACAGAACAGUUCUUGACAAACUGCACACACUUGAGCACUCAUAACUGUAAUCACUAUGAGGAUGCUGGAGUAGCUUGUCAUGUUUGUACUCCUGGUACUGUGCGUCUUGUUAAUGGAGCAAACUCCAAUGAAGGGAGAGUAGAACUGUGUCAAAAUGGAAAGUGGGGUACAGUCUGUGAUGACUCCUGGGACAACACUGAUGCUAGUGUUGUAUGUAGACAGCUUGGUAUAGGAACAUUUGGAAUAGCUCUCAGCAAUGCAUACUUUGGUCAGGGAAAUGUAUCGAUAUUACUGGAUGAUGUUGCCUGUGAUGGAACUGAACAAUUUCUAGCAAACUGUACAUACACUUCAAAUCACAACUGUGGACAUUCAGAGGAUGCUGGAGUAAUGUGUCUAAUUUGCAUUGAUGGAUCCAUUCGCCUUGGUGGUGGUACAAACAGCAAGGAGGGACGUGUUGAGGUAUGCAGUGGUGGAGUGUGGGGUACAGUCUGUGAUGAUCUCUGGGACAACACUGAUGCUAGUGUUGUAUGUAGACAGCUGGGAUAUCAUUCUGGAACUUCAUUUGGCAGUGCUUACUUUGGACAAGGAACUGGAUCAAUUGUGAUGGAUGAUGUCCGUUGUAAUGGAACUGAAUCUUACCUUACUAACUGUACACACACCAAAAGUCACAACUGUGGCCAUUCUGAAGAUGCAGGAGUCAGAUGUACUCCAUGUAUUACUGGAUCAGUCCGUCUUGUUGGUGGUUCACAUGAUUGGGAAGGAAGAGUGGAAGUGUGUGUUAAUGAAUCAUGGGGCACUGUCUGUGAUGAUUUGUGGGACUCCACUGAUGCAGCAGUAGUGUGUAGACAACUAGGCUGGGGAACAAGGGGAACUGCUCUAUUAUUUGCCUACUUUGGUCAGGGUACUGGUAGUAUUCUCCUGGAUGAUGUUCAGUGCACAGGAACAGAACAGUUCUUGACAAACUGCACACACUUGAGCACUCAUAACUGUAUUCACCAUGAGGAUGCUGGAGUAGCUUGUCAUGUUUGUACUCCUGGUACUGUGCGUCUUGUUAAUGGAGCAAACUCAACUGAAGGAAGAGUAGAACUGUGUCAUAAUGGAAGGUGGGGUACAGUCUGUGAUGACUCCUGGGACAACACUGAUGCUAGUGUUGUAUGUAGACAGCUUGGUAUAGGAACAUUUGGAACAGCUCUGAGCAAUGCAUACUUUGGUCAGGGAAUUGGAUCAAUAUUACUGGAUGAUGUUGCCUGUGAUGGAACUGAACAAUUUCUAGCAAAUUGUACAUACACUUCAAAUCACAACUGUGGACAUUCAGAGGAUGCUGGAGUGAUGUGUCCAGGUUGUAUUGAUGGAUCUAUUCAUCUUGUUGGUGGUACAAACAGCAAAGAGGGACGUGUUGAGGUAUGCAGUGGUAGAGAAUGGGGUACAGUCUGUGAUGAUCUCUGGGACAACACUGAUGCUAGUGUUGUAUGUAGACAGUUGGGGUAUGACUCAGGAACUUCAUUUGGCAGUGCCUACUUUGGACAAGGAACUGGAUCAAUUGUGAUGGAUGAUGUCCGGUGUGUUGGAACUGAAUCUUACCUUACUAACUGUACGCACACUGUGUAUCACAACUGUGGCCAUUCUGAAGAUGCAGGAGUCAGAUGUACUCGUAUAUACUUGAGGUAUAGAGGAGACUACUAUCCCAAUGUAUCAUACUUUCAUGAUGCAACCAUCAGAACACACCACCUGAUGUGUGUAGCCCCUGGAUCUACUUUGAAUGGUGGACAGUGGGUUAGAGCUAUUGAUGGAGAUCCUGUUACCUGUGACAGCAACAGUGACACUGAUCCAUUUCGCUGUAAUAGCCUUUCCUCACCAAAUGCUAGUCUAAGUCUGUACUUACCAAAUGGGCAAUCUCUUUUGUCCAACAGAGAAGGAUUUUAUAAGUGCUGUUUACCUAGAGGCUGUUCAGAUCCCAAUACUAAUAUCAUUACAGUUAAUAUAUUCAGGUGGGCUCAAAUUGCUGGGAUAAAAUUUGAACUCCUUUCAGAUAUGACAAUGCUACCACAGCAAUAUGUAUUGCAUGCCAUCAAGAUUGGUCAAAUUAAUCACCAUUUUUUACUAUCUGCUACUUGGUAUUACGAGACUGGAGACACUAGCAGCAACCUUACUAGUGUAUGCAAUGAACAGCAAUACAAUUGCACUGUUGGUUCUGGAGUACUAUUGCAUACAAUUAAUGGAACAUAUGAUUUUAACAUAACUAUUACAUGGAAUGGAGAGAAUAACAAUAGUGGAAUAUUGAAUCAAGCAAACAGUAAUGGUGAUCACAUAUUUAGAUUUUAUUUACAGUUUGGCAAUCCCCAUGAGAAUGUUGUUAGGAAUCGUUAUUAUACAGUUACUGUUCCAGCAUCUACGCCAUCUGAUUUAAUUGUUACUAAUGAGACAAUUUCAAGUUUAACACUAUGUUGGAAUGCACUUGGAUCAAUUGAUGCUGAUGGAUAUGUAGUCAAUGUUACCAUAGGCACAAGUAUCAUCCAGACAGUACAAAUAGAGGGAGGAAAUAGUAAUAAAACAAGACUGGAGGGCCUAGCAUCUGGAACCAUCUACAGCAUAACUAUAAGAGCAUAUCAGCAAUUACUGGGACCAGCUAGUAGUGCAAUAUUGGGACAAACAUUACAAGUAUGUACUGCUGGAUCAAUCCGUCUUGUUGGUGGUUUACACGAUUGGGAAGGAAGAGUGGAAGUGUGUGUUCAAGGAUUAUGGGGCACUGUCUGUGAUGAUUGGUGGGAUUCCCCUGAUGCAGCAGUAGUGUGUAAACAACUAGGCUGGGGAACAAGUGGGACUGCUCUUUCAAAUGCCUACUUUGGUCAGGGUACUGGUAGUAUCCUUCUGGAUAAUGUUGAGUGCACAGGAACAGAACAGUUUUUGACAAGCUGCACACACUUGAGCACUCAUAACUGUAAUCACUAUGAGGAUGCUGGAGUAGCUUGUCAUGGUUAGUUUCAUAAUCAAAUUGUAUUGUUAAGUAAUGGGUUUAUUACUUUAGUUUGUACUCCUGGUACUGUGCGUCUUGUUAAUGGAGCAAACUCUAAUGAAGGAAGAGUAGAACUGUGUCAUAAUGGAAAGUGGGGUACAGUCUGUGAUGACUCCUGGGACAACACUGAUGCUAGUGUUGUAUGUAGACAGCUUGGUCUAGGAACAUUUGGAACAGNCCUGAGCAAUGCAUACUUUGGUCAGGGAAAUGGAUUAAUAUUAUUAGAUGAUGUUGCCUGUGAUGGAACUGAACAAUUUCUAGCAAACUGUUCAUACACCUCAAAUCACAAUUGUGUACAUUCAGAAGAUGCUGGAGUGAUGUGUUUAGUUCCUCCAACUGUCAUUGGCACUAACAUUGACGCAGUACUAAAAGGUUCUGAAGUAACAAUAACAUUUAACAUAUUACGAGCUUUUCCUCUUGUUUCUCUUGAUGACAUCAUUUGGUCCUUCAUCAGUAUUAAUGAUGCUGAAUCAAGACCCAUACUUCUUAAUGUUACUUGUGCUGAAAUGAAUGAAGCAAUAUGUGUUGAUUCUAAGCGUUAUGAGAGAUAUAAUUUUAUGUUUGAUCAUAAUCUAACAACUUUGACUAUACAAGAUGUUCAAGUUGAGGAUUAUGGUACGUUUAUACUUAGUGCAUCUAAUUCAGCUGGAGUUGGCAGCUAUAACCAUUCAUUAAGUGUUAUUGUCCCAGCCCUGCUUGGCAAUGUUAAAGGUGUGGUCUUUAAUGAAACUAAGAACCAAAGCCAAGUCAUUAACAUUACAAUGAACUGUACUGCUGAUGGAAUUCCCAAGCCGGGCAUAAUCUGGUUCUAUAACGAUGCUAUUUUGAAUCUUAAACCACGUGUGACAAUUGUUCAACAGGAUCUCGACCGCACAAUAAGAGAUGAUGUUGUUCAUCCAGAUGGUACUUCUGUGAUUAGUAUACUCAGUAUUAGCAAUGCUAAUCAGAGAGAUGACAGUGGUAGAUAUGUUUGUCAAGCAGAGAAUAUUGGAGGACGGUCUUUACUUACUCCUCCUAAUGAUCUUAUCAUCAAUGUUGUCCUUUCUGUAACAAACUACAAAGUAUCAAAUGGCUCCAGUCCUACAUUAUUAUGUAUGCAUGUAGACUCACCAAUAACUACAGCAAUGUGGAGUUUUAAUGGAAAUGUACUAAGUAAUAGCUCCAAGUAUACCCUCACUGCUAACUCAACACAGCUUGUUAUAAAUAAUGUGAUCUUAUCAGAUGCUGGUGUAUAUUACUGUCAAGCUAGUAAUAGAGGUGGAUCAUCUACUGCAGGAAUUAAUCUUGAUGUACAAGUUCCAGCUGUAGUGAGGGCUGAUUUUAAAACUGUAAAUACUGUCAUUAAUGCUACUUCAACUAUUUCAUUUACUAUCAUUAAUGGGAACGAAUUAAGUUAUACCACUCAAUGGCAUUUUAUGCAACUUGGCACUAAUUCAUACAUUUCUCUUAGCUCAAAGAUUUUUGAUUCCACUCAUUUGUCAGAUGAUGGUCUCACAUUAAUGUUACCAUCUUCUCAGUUACAUCAUAGAGGAACAUACAGGAUUACUGUGAGCAAUCUUGCUGCUAAUGUCACUGCAACUGCUAAUUUUGAUGUGUUUGUCCCUGCUAAAUUGCUAUACACAGCUGGUGUGAGUUUAGAGAAGGAGAGAAGACAGAAUGUAUCAUUCAACUGUACUGCUGAUGGAAUACCAAUGCCUACCAUUGUGUGGAGGAAAGAUGGUCAUUUAAUUAUUCCAUUUCAUAAAAGGAGUAUAACAGUACGAAGCUCAACUGGUUUUCGCUCAAGCAUAAUACCAGGAGUAUUACAGACUACUAGCAUCUUGACUAUUAGUGAUCUUACUGGAUCUGAUGAUGGCAGAUAUUCUUGCAGAGCUGAUAAUAAAGCAAAUAUUGGAACUGUUUUGAUAAAGCCUUUUAUUCUCACUAUUGUGGAACCUCCUCCACCUAAUUUCUGCCUUGGUUCCCCAUGUGUAAAUGGGGAUUGUCACAGUUUGUUUGAUGGCUAUUACUGUGUAUGUCCUGAGACACAUACUGGGAUAAACUGUGAUGAAGAAGUGAUAGUUACGAUCCCACCAGUUAUCAUUGAACCACCUCAAACAACAACUUCACGAUUAUAUUCCUCAGCCAGUCUCACUUGUAGAGCUACUGGCUCUCCUACUCCAUUGAUUUUUUGGUACAAAGACAAUAGGUUAAUUACUAAUACAAAUCCUGAUUCUUCUGUUCUGUUGUUUAAUGAAAUGUCAUUGAGUGACAGAGGGUUUUAUCACUGUGUAGCUGUAAAUGUCAUUGAUGGAAAGAAUGUAUCAGUUGUUUCAUCUACAGUAUUACUUAAUAUAACAAAUGUGGUCCAAUAUGAAGCUGUGAUGACCUUACCAGUUGAUUUUUAUGACAAACUAAAUGACACAGAGUCAGAGGAUGCCAUUAGACUGUUGAUCAUGCUCAGCAAUGAUUAUCUGUCAGGGAGCAAUGUCAGUGAUACUUCAUUCUUUUUUAUUGAGAUACUUGGCAUUGAUGAAGAAGACCCUGAGCCUCAUAGUAUACCAGUAGUAGUGACUUUAGUAACUGAGAGAGGUCAAGGUGAUCAAAUGCUUUUAACUGGCGUCAGAAAUCAACUGGAUUCACUAAGGGAGCAAUUAAGAGUUGAAAUAUUUAUAGCUGCUGUCAGUAGAUUUGAUGGUUGUCUAUCAAGCUCCACUGUAAUCCCUUCUCCAUCUGGUGAUCCUGAUCUUAGCUUGACAGUUACAUGGCCUGAGACUAACAUUGGUGUAUUAGCAAUUGUUGAUUGUCCAUGUGGUACUAAUGGCACAUCAGGUGGUGGUAAGCUACAAGCUACACGUUAUUGUGGAGGUGAUUUUACUAAUGGAGCAGCAUGGCUCACACCUAAUGUGAUGAGAUGUAACUUCAGUGACUUAGCUAGAAGAAUAUGCCAUCUCUCAGACCUGCCAGUGAGUGACAGAGUUGAAGAGCUUGAGAUAUUAACUAGUAACAGUACUGUGCUGGGGGCCACUGAAGUGGCGGCAAGUGUUAGUGUAUUACUAACUGCCACGGAUGAUCUGGCUGGAAAUUUAACAUUGACAACAACAUUUUUUGAAGUGGUUGACAACAUUUUAGUUGUAAGUCAAGAUGUCUUACAGGAAAGUCAAGAGUCAUCCAAUACCUCUUCAAGGAUACUUGAAGCCAUGAACAAUGUAGUUGAUAAUAUUCCAAUUGCAAAUACUUCAGAACCUAUCAUCGUGGCACAAAAAUCAUUUGCUGUUUCAGUCCAGGAAGUUGACCUUGAAACAUUUAGCAGAUUGGGUCAAACUUUUAGUGUCGAUAUUGCUGAUUUUACUCAACAAAAUAUCAACUCUGAGGAUCUCUCAUUUGAAAACAAUGCAGUCUCUCCACCAACUAGCACCAUUCAACUGCCUAGCAAUCUCUUCUCUUCACUGCCUGAGAAUAGUAGUAGAAUAUCUCAUGCUGUUUUUGUGACAGAUUCACUCUUUCUGAGGCGUAGUAAUCUCAGCUAUCAAAGGGUCAGUAGUGUAAUUAUAUCAGCAAGUGUUGUUGGAGCAGGAACUAUUAGGAAUUUGAAACCUCCAGUUAAUCUUGGAUUUCAACUUAAUCCAAAUGUCAUUGGGUCAUACCCACAGUGUACAUUUUGGAAUCAGUCCUUAGACGGUGGUUAUGGUGACUGGUCCAGUGAUGGUUGUACUACUUUAUCAGGUUCUGCUGGUUCACAAGUUACUUGUAACUGCAACCAUUUAACAAAUUUUGCUAUAUUACUGGAUGUGUCUCCUCUUGAUCAACCUACUGAGAGGACAGCGAUAACAUUAUUUCUUGACUCAGCAUCUUACAUUGGCAUUAUAGUGUCCAUCAUUUGUCUUAUUAUUACUAUAAUCUCUUACUUAUUGAGCAAGAAAUUAAGGUCAUCUGAUCAUGGCCAGCUACUCCUCAAUCUUUGUUUUGCUUUAUUGGGUCUCUAUCUCUCAUUCAUUGUUGCCCUACAUAGUAAGAACACAAAUGGCUUCUGUGCAUUUGCUGGUGCUGUCCUCCAAUAUUUCUUUCUUGUCACUUUUGCUAUAAUGGCUGCCGAAGCCAUCAACCUGUAUAUUAAUCUUGUGAUAGUUUUAGGACGUAAAAUACAGUCUUUUACUCUUAAAGUGACAAUAGUCUCAUGGAUUGCCCCAGUUUUUGUUGUCCUUUUGUGUUUUUCUCCAGACUACAGAAAUUACAUCAGCAACCCCCCAAAUUUUUGUCGUGCUUUCAAGGCUCCUUUUUAUAUCGGUGUGGUCCUGCCCUUCACCAUCAUAUAUAUAUUUAAUUGGAUUGUAUUUGCCAUCAUUAUAGUAUCUCUGUUACGUAAGAACUUUUCAUCAAAACUGAAGGAACUCAAGAAAGACAACUCAAAGUUUUUCUUCAGACAGCAACUGAUCAUAGCAAUUACACUGUCCAUCCUCUUUGGGUUAGGCUGGGGACUGGGUCUAUUAGUCACUCAAGAGAUUUAUACUAAUAAGACUGUUCGUGAUCUUUUUGCUGCUCUCUUUGUCUUAUUGACUGCAUUCCACGGUUUCUUUAUCUUCAUUAUGCAUUGUGUACGUUCUAAAGAUGCUCGAAGCGUAUGGAAGAGAGCUUUCUUUGGUGUCACUGGAAGAGAUUUUACUGAAUUAUCUUUGUCAACAUUUAACUAUGUGCGUGGUAAGUCUAAUGGAAGUACAAACACUCCUAUGAGGUCUCCUCAUCGUAAGGUUUCGUCUGAGAAGAGCUUGUCUACGAGGGAUUCAUUUUCUGAGGGAAAAACUUUUUAUAAGAAAGGAGGAAGUGGCCAGUCAACACAACAUGAAUGUACUAAGAAGAAAGAAGAAGAAGUGGAAGGAGAGAUAAAAGAAUUAGAAGUAAGAGCAGUAGAUAAUGACUAUGCUGCAAUUGAGGACACUGGUUUUGACUUUGAGACAGAUGGUCAAGGCACUUUGAGGUUUUACACAAAAAAAUAUCAAGACCAUGUCGAAACUCAGUUUGACUCUCUCAAUGAGGGAAAGAGUACUGAUGAGGCUAAAAAGGAAGAGGUGCCAUUAUCAAAAGAAGGAAAUGGACAUAAACUUCAUGUUAAUGUCCCCAGUUUGCUCCAGGAAGAAGAACCUGUGAAAAAGAAGGAAGCCAUUUCUGUUAAAUCUUUCCCAGAUGACGAUGAAGAUGAGAAGAGAAGGUUAAGAGAGGAAGAAGACAAAGCAUAUGAUGCCUAUCAUAAAUAAGCAUGAGAACAUUACUUUUAAAAUGAUGAAAGUUGUUUUAUUUUUGUGUGAGUUUAUAUACAUACAUCAAACUUUUAAAAAGUGAAAAAUAAGUACCUUUAAUAGCUCUCUCACUUUGCAAAACUGUGACAACUCGAAAUAUUAAUAUUGUUGUGUUAACUAAUCAUAAUUUCUGUCAGUCUGUAUGCAUGUAUUUAUUGCAAAGUUUUGUCUUUAUUACUGAUGGAGAUAUAAUGCUCAUUCCUUUCUAUUGUUUUGUUUUAUAUUACAGUGUGAAUUUGGAAGCAACAUUUAACUGACCCUG